UCUCUCUCUCUCUCUCAUAUUGGUAAAUAUAAAGAGGGGUUGCUGGGCAAAAUCAGAGAGAGAAAGGGGGCUACCCUUACAAUGGCGGAGUCGGAGAAGCUAGACUUCGCCGGUAACGGAAACGUCGUGGAGGAGAAGGAGGAGGAGGAGUUGUUGUUAAUGGAAGGAGUGGCGGUGUUGGAUUUCGAUUUGUUGUGUUCGACGGUGGCUAUGCAGACUAAUCAGGGAAAAAUGAGUAAAUUGGAUAGUCUUUAUGAUGAUGAAUAUGGUGGUGGAGAAUCUGGGGGUGUUCUGAGGAUGUGGGAAGGUCAGCUUCUCGAUUGCUUUGAUGACCGCCGUAUCGCUCUUCAAUCGGCGUGUUGUCCAUGCUAUAGAUUUGGGAAGAACAUGAGAAGAGCUGGUUUUGGUUCCUGUUUGCUUCAGGGAACUGUCUACUGUAUUCUUGCUGUUGCUGCCCUCCUCAACAUCCUAGCGUUUCUUGUCACCAGGAAACACUGCUUUCUGUAUUUCGGCAUUGCUUUUACUGUUUCAGUCGGUAUAUAUUUGGGAUUUUAUCGUUCACAGAUUAGGAAGAAGUUUAACAUCCAGGGUAGUGAUAGUUUUUUGGAUGAUUGUCUCUACCAUCUAAUUUGCCCUUGUUGCACUCUCUGUCAGGAAUCUAGAACAUUGGAGAUGAACAAUGUUCAAGAUGGCACAUGGCAUGGUCGAGGUGACACUAUACGCAUAGGAGGCUGUGGUGAAGGUAGCAAAUCAUUUUUCGAGCUGAGCCCACAUCCAGUUAUGCCAAUGAAGUGUCCUGAACCCUGUAGCGUGUGAAGAAGUGCAAAUGUUAGUGAACACUCAAGGAGUUAUAAAGCUGGGCAUUUAACACUUUUGUCUCGACGUCCCAUUAGCAGCCAGAUCUCUGAAUUAUGUAGACUCCCAAAAUGUUUGCUUCCUUUGGAGGAAUUGUUUGCAGGGCACGGUGGAUAAAAGUUACGGGUUUCAGCAUUUCAGUUUCAGGGAUCACCAACUUAAGCAUAGACAUCUGUUGCUCGGCCAAAGAGCACCGUGUUUUCCUAAGGAUUGGACGAGAGAUGUUUGAAGAGUUAAUAGGCAAGAAGGAAGCUGUGUAUGUAUUCAUAUUCAUGGGUGAUUGGAAGAGCCCCUUUUCUUAAUGUAUGUAUUCAUUGUAUUAUAAUGGUAGAGAUGCAUCCUUCUUGCUACAAUCAUUUCAAUUUAUGGUUGCCCCCGCCCGCUUGUAUUGUUUUGGGAUUGGUCCAUUUAUCGAAUGAUAUUUGAGGCAAUGAAAUUAGGUAAUAUUUAGGGUGAUUUCUACUUUGUUCCUUUUUUUUAUUUUUUGUUACUAAUUGUCAAGUUAUUUUUGGCUCUGUACAUGUAUGCCACUCAUUUUCUUCACCAAAGUGCAUUGCUGAAGAUGGG